AUUCUGUCGGAUUUGGUGCAGAGGAAGUGGAAAUUUCCAGAGCCAAACUGGCAGCGGAAUGUACGCGGGCGCGGAACCAGUGCGGUACGGGUCGCGAGAUCCGCAGUGGCGUCGUGUGCUUCCUUAGGCGUAGACUCGCCCGCGCUGAGCAAUGUUGACCCAGUGGCAGGGAAGCUGGCGUGAACUAGAUUAGUAGGGAUCGUUUGCUCGUUUGAUUUGUUUUUGCGUAGAUGCGGGUGCUUUUUCGUAGUCGGACUUGACGCACAGCCAUGUCAGUGGCACCCGACGGAGCGCCAUCGCGGGUGCUGGUUCUUGCCGCCGUCGGGCUCUUCUCGCCGCUGCUUUGUCACGCCUUCAUCCUCUUGUCUCACUCAGCGUCGGCGCGGCAGUACGAGGUCGGUCAGACCUACACCUACGAGUACUUCACCACAGUCAUCCUGGACGAGCCCAUUCGCCCUGGGAUCAGUCCGUCGAAAAACGUGGGCUACCAAAUCACGGGAUAUGUCACUGUCCAGGCUGUUUGGCAGAGCCCAACCCAAAGGCUCCUUCAGAUCUCGGUGGUAAAAUACGAAGAACACCUGGUGAUGUGUGGUACGGGUCGUCGACCCGGUGGACACCAAAAGCGGCGACGCGAUUCGGUGCCCGCUUGUGACGCGAAUCCCGGAAUAAUAUGUAAACGAGAUCCACGGGAAGCUCACCUUGUCCAGGAUUACCCUGUGCUCGACACGCCGCAGUUGUUCGUGAGAUCCCGGAAAGCACCCACGCCUGACGGGUUCAUUUUCCACGCCUCCCAGCUGUCGUCCCUGUCCCUGCAUCCUUUGUACGUCCUGUGGUCCCACGGCAAGAUCUCCAGCGUUUUCUAUGUCCAGACCGACACGCCGUCGCUGGUGAAUAUCAAGAAAGGCAUCGCCAGUCUGUUCCAGGACAAUUGCGGUGAAUUCGCCGCCGCAGUGUCGCACGGUUGUCUCGCGGAGUGGCGGCGGAAACGCCGACGCCGCAAGUCCCACUCUCGCCGCCUCAAGAACCGCGAUGAUGCACCGCUGAUUAAUCGAAGUUCCAUCAAUGAUUUCCUGAGGGGGUUUUCUUGGAAAAUCAGCCAGCUCUAUCCCAACUUUAGAUUCUCCGAAGAGUGCAAGUUCGACAGAUACGAAUUGACAGCAAAGACGGUGGAAGAAGUGGAUGCUUCAGGACGAUGCCAAGUAACUUAUUUGGGCGAUGCGACGUCGGAGCGCGUGAUUGUGAAGAAGAAACGCGACUGUCGAGUACCAAGGAGCUCGAACAUAAUUUCCCACCCAGUGCCGGUCUCUGUGGGAUACCAGGGCAGGGAUUGCAAUUCCUUUGAUGCUCUGACGUUGUUGCAGGCCUUGUCAGCCGAUGUAGUGAGCGACAGCGAAGCUUUCUACUCAUUCACGCGUGAGGAGUCUAUCGUGGAAGAGGUGAAGGCGCAAGAGAAGCACUCAUUGCAAGUUCAUGCCUGGAAAGUUGCAGCCGGACGGGUUGUGUCUGACCAGCACCUGAAACUGACAGGGUCGUCCACUAAUUCCGAUGCUGUUGAUACAGUGAGCUUGGAUGAUGCCAUUAUCGUGUUGGCUCGUCGGCUCGGCCAGAAAUUGGUGUCCGAUAGGCUGAGUGUUGAAGAGGAAGUCAAGUAUUGCUCUGAAAACUGUCUUACACUGGACCAGUUGGUUGACCAGUUACGAGACGGACUUCGGACCAACAUGACUGGCACGAUUCGGUCAUCUUCAGUUUUCCUGCGACUCCUUUCCAAGGCCCGGGAAGCGCCAACGGAAACUCUUGCCAAAGUUCUCAAGGCUUCGAAAAACAAAGACGUCAUGCCGGUGUUGAUGGACGUGAUGGCGGGUGCGCAAACACUCCACGCUCACAAAGCCGCAAUGGAUGUCCUGAAUUUCCGAAAAGACAGCGACAUAGAACUCGUUGAGAGGUACCUGUGGGCAUUAUCUGUCACUCCACAUCCGCCGGAAGAAAUUAUUGACGACAUGCUGCGACACGCUCAGGGAGAAAUCCCGUCAGAGAAGCUGCAUGAAACGGUCGUGCUGUGUUUGGCUUCUUUAACUGACCGGUUUUGCGCUGAAGCGGGCAAUUGCCAAAAGAAGAUUGUGGAACGGGUUCAGACGUAUUUGCAUACGGAGGUGGAGAAGUGCAAGGAAGUGGAUUGUACAGUUCUUUACCUCCGCGCACUAAAUAAUGUGCGAACUCCGCAAAACGUGAAGAUUUUCUUGCGAUUCAUCGAAACUGGGGACCGAAAAGUAUCCGUCGCAGCUGCCAAAGCGUUGCACACGUUACCUCUGACUUAUUUGAAAUCCAAAGAUUUGGACAAGCUUGAAGAAGUCUACGCGCAGCUCAGGAAAAAGCACGACUCCACUGUUCGAACAAUCGCCGCCGACAUCUUGCUCCGAAAGGAUCCGUCGAUUGACCGGCUAGGCUUUUUGUUGUCGACCCUCUCAGACCAGGAAUCGCAUGAACUCAAGACCUACAUUGUGGAGCGGAUUCGGGACUUGUCAGAGCUGGAUGCGGGUUUGCGGCAAAAACUCAAGACCCUGGUGUCGAAUAAGACUUACGGCAACUAUCAUGUCUGGGGUCAACGUGGGCGAUCAACAGCGUUUACAAGGUACCUUUAUGACGACUUUGCCAAAGGCAGCAACGGGUCUUUCGUCGCCGCCAUGGAGCUCGGUGGUGGAAUGCUGAAGCGAAUCAAGUUUGAUAUCAACGUGGGAGAGGAGAAAUCUUUGUCUACACUGCUUACGCUUGGAGUAUUUGCCGGUGGGUUAAGCUCAUUCAGCAGCAACAACGAAGACGAAGAGGUGGACCCUGAGGAAGCGGAAGAAUCAGCAACUGCGGGGAUCGAGUUAUCCUUGUUGGGUUCGCAAUUGCGGCCGUUCGUGUUCUUCAAUGGCCAGGGUGAACUUAUGGGGCACUUGUGGUCGGGAACUGCGUCUUCUCGAACCCCUGCUCUUCAGGGUGUAUUCGUGUUGCACGACCACAGCCAGAAAAUUGCGCUGAGCAACGGGAUCAUGACGCAGCUGAAUUUGCUGGGAGGGAUUUCCUUGGACCUGGGUGGUCAAGUUGAAAUCAGCUUGUGGUACAAGACUGCGCAUUCUCUCAUAGACAACAGAGCUGCAUUUGUUAUCAGAGGUCAAGCAACUGCAGAUACGUCAUUUGUGCAAAGUCAGCUGGAAUUCAACCUGGCUGCGGAUAGUCAACUUCAGUUGGUUACCGAUUCGGAUUUCUCCGAUAAAACGGUCAUGUGUAUACAGAUGUCGCAGCCCCAAUUCUUACUCAAACACAAGGUGCGCAAAUGGGAGCAUAUCAUUGGGCAGAAACAUCGGCUUCACAAAUCCUUGAAGAGAACGCAUAUUGUUCCUGGAAGAACCUUUGUCAUGAACCAGAAGAACUCUGAGCUGUGCAAUAUCAUGUUCCAGGACCAGGACAAAUCAUAGCGAAAAAAGAAAAUUUAGCAUGCCAAAAAAUAAAAGGAGUUCCUCCGGGCUAAAACAUUUGUCUGUUUCGUCGUUUUGUUCCGGCUGCGCUGCUUCUGUUUCCUUCGGGGCAUCGGAUUGCCCGUUUUGAUAGUUUUGAAGGUCAGGUACCGUUGGGGGUUAUUUUUUUUUUGUGGAAUCACUACGGUGUUGAAAACGUUAUUAUUUGAAAACUGUAAAUUAUUGGUGUACUUGGACCUGCUUUUAGCAGAACACCAGUGGGUUCCUCAGACGCUCUCUUCUGACGUGUGUAUCGUCUCUCUUUCGUAAACCAUUUUGUAAUUUUCAGGACUGUGUAGAGUGGAAUUUUAUUUUAUCUCGAGUUCUUUUGCCUUUAUUUAUGCCAGCAUUUCGAAAGCUCAUAGAAUGUCGACCUAUAUUUUCUCAGAAAACGCGGUUUUUUUAUGGAUGACAAUGGGCUUUGCUGUGAUGAGCGGGAUUAUAUGCGCUGUUUGCUGGAGGUUUUGCGUAUGAAAGAAACGUUAUUAUUCAAGUCCGAAAGAAAAAA